GUCCAGCAAGCCAGCGAACUUGAACUAUCGGAGCCUGACUCUGUUCGUACUGAAAGAGCAGUCCGGCCCAAAGGAGCAAUAUUACCAGUGUCAACAGCCAUGAUGCUUGCCAACCAACCUUUUCUACUGCGAAUCCCACUCAAACGACAGGCAAAGACGCGUUCGUUCUGCUGCUUCUCUGCAACUUGUAAAAGACGAACUGCGAAAAAGCCCUUUCGGAUACUGUUUUGCGGCUCAGACGACUUCUCUGUAGCUUCCUUAAAAGCAGUAUAUGAAGCGAAAGACGUUUGGUCUAGCAUUGACGUAGUGGUGCCCGCUGAAAGGGAAAUUGGGCGAGGAGGGAAGCAUGCGCAUCACGAAAAGUACACCCCGGCACUACGCCUGUACGCCGAGCAGAAUAAUCUCCCCGUAUCGACCAUUCCAUCUACCGGCCUCAAAGCCUGGUCUCCACCCGAACCUUUCACUUCGUCCGAUCUCAACUCCUCACAUAUGUUGUUAACAGCGUCUUUUGGACACAUUAUCCCUCUCCGACUCUUGAAGCUCUUCCCUCCGAUUCAACGGCUGAAUGUACAUCCGUCUCUCUUACCUAGAUGGAGAGGAGCUGCUCCUCUACAAUGGACUAUUGCGAGUGGAGAUGAAGAGACAGGGGUUAGUGUGCAGACGCUGGUGCGGUAUGCGCUAGGUGUUGAUGCAGGCGAUAUAUUGGGAAGAGCUGAGGGUAUCAAAGUCCCUCACGAUACUAGGUAUGAGACUCUCUUACCUUCCUUAGCAGGGGCAGGAGGCAAGCUGUUAGUUGAUGUGCUGCGAAAAAUCCAAAAUGGAACUGUAACCACGGCAGCCCAGGACGAGAGAUACAUCACUCUCGCCCCUAAGAUCACUCAUGAAACUUCUCGAAUAGAUUGGGAAAAACAUACAGCAGAGAUGAUUGACAGAUUACAUCGUGGAUUCACCCAUCAAUAUCCACUCUGGACCUCCUUCCUCGACACAACAGCCCAAAUCCUCUCUCUCCAUCCCAUCCCCCGUCUCUCCCUUCCUAUGCCCCUUUAUCAACCAGAAGCAAUAACGCCCGGCACUGGGAUACUUUACAGGCAAGGCAAGUCACGCCGACUAUUCGUAGCUUGUGCUGGGGACAGUUGGUUAGAAGUUCAGGAGAUCAAGGCGGCGGGUAAGAAGGCUUUGGGUAUCAAGGAGUGGUGGAACGGAUUACCAAAACAUGUGAGGGAAAGCGGGAAAGUGACGUUUCGGUGAUUCUUGUGUUUCUGAUAGCAGUCAUCCAUACUUCUGAUACAACGGCUUUUUUUUUCAGUGGGCAUGAACGAGAUGC